AUGAUAGUGAAUAUUAUUAAUUGCAGAACCCGGCAUGUUUUAUACUUUAUUUCAUAUGCAAAACGAUGUUUCUCUACAAACAAGUGGUUUUCCUUGUAUGGACAGCCUAUUUAUACAACUCAUCCGCAUCUUGUUAAGCCUGCUGAAUUAACUCCUGGUAUUACUGUAGCCGAAUAUGCUGCUCGUCGCUCUCAACUUGCUGCUGCUUUACCUGCUCAUAGUCUUACUAUAUUGAUAGGUGCACAAAUAAUGUAUAAAACUGCAUCCACAUUCUAUGUUUUUCAUCAAUAUCCCAAUUUUUUCUAUUUAACAGAUAUCCAUUUUUUCGACUUAUCUAUUGUAGAAAGAGAUAAUAGUUCUGAUGGAUUUAAAUCAUAUCUUUUUUUACGCAAUAAAGAUCCAGAAGAAGAACGUUGGGAAGGUCCACGUACUGGCAUUGAAGAAGCAAAGGAUAUUUUUCAUAUUGACGAAGUAUAUGAUCUUCAAGAAGCACAAGAUAUCUUAGGCAAAUCUAUUCGUCGAAUAAGACAGAUCUAUGCAGACAUCCCAUUUAAUGCAAAUAUCUCAUCAAUCCAUCCUAAAUCAAAAGCAUCUGAUAUAUUAGACAGUCUUUGUAAAUGUCUUUUAUCCCAUCCAAUUUUACCAAUAACUCCAUGGAUUCAUCAAUUACGAGAAAUCAAAAGUGAAGCUGAACUAAAUCUUAUGGAACAAGCGGCAUCUCGUUCUGCUGCUGCCUUUAACUCUACCAUGCAAACCCCAUCAGAAACAGAGGGUUUGUUAUGGGCCAAAUUAUCAUAUGAAUUCAAAAAGAGGGAUUGUGAUGAAGCUUAUGUUCCUGUAAUUGCAGGCGGCACAAAUGCAUUAAUUAUUCAUUAUACAAUGAAUAACAUGCAAUUACGUAAUGGUGAUCUUGUCCUUGUAGAUGCAGGUGGUGAAUACGGAAAUUAUGUGACAGAUAUCACUCGAACAUGGCCAGUUAAUGGAGUUUUUUCGCCACAACAAAGAGAUCUUUAUCAGGCAGUAUUAAAUGUACAAAAAGCCUGUAUCCAGUUAUGUUCAGAAAGACAUGCCUUAUCCUUAGAUAUGAUACACCAACAUAGUGUUGAAUUAUUGAAAACAGAAUUAAAACAAUUAGGUUUUAAUAUUUCAUAUUCAGAUCUAUAUAAUAUAUUGUAUCCUCAUUACAUAGGCCAUCAUAUAGGACUAGAUAUACAUGAUUGCUCAAAACUACCUGGAAGAAGACUUUUAAAAAAUAAUCAAACGAUUGCUAUAGAACCUGGCUUAUACAUACCAGAUUUGCCCAGAUUUCCAAAACAUUUUAGAGGACUUGGAGUUAGGAUUGAAGACAGUAUACGAGUAGGCAAAGAAAAUCCAACCGUACUAAGUAAAGAUGCUGUAAAAGAAAUCGUAGAUAUUGAAAAAAUAUGCGAUAAAUACAAGCAGAAAAAUGAUUAA